AUGUCAACAUCUAACUUGUCUCAGCUUGUAGAUCAGCAUCGUCCUGAUUUGCGGCCUCUGGAAGAGCUGUACAAGCAUCUCCACCGAAACCCUGAGCUAUCAAACCAGGAAGUUGAAACAGCAGCGACUAUUGCAGAAAGACUCAAAGCAAUUGGCCCCGAAGAUUUAAUCAUAAAACCUCAUAUUGGUGGUCAUGGUUUAGCAGCUGUUCUCCGCAAUGGCGAUGGCCCUACUGUUCUUCUAAGAGCAGACAUUGAUGCUUUGCCAGUUGAAGAGACGACUGGUUUAGAGUAUGCGAGUACCAAGCGAAUGAUUCACGCUGCUAGUGGGACCGAGAAACCUGUCAUGCACGCGUGUGGCCAUGAUAUGCAUAUUGUGACUUUGCUGGGUGCCGCAGCGACACUAUUCUCCUCAAGAGAACAUUGGACCGGAACUCUAGUCCUCGCAUUCCAGCCAGCAGAAGAGCGAGGCACCGGCGCUCAAGCCAUGGUGGACGACGGUCUAUACACAAAACACGAAGUCCCUGUUCCAGAUUAUGUUCUUGGAGCACAUGUUCGACCUCUCCGCACCGGCACAAUUGGCACCCGAAGAGGACUCGUCGCAACGAGCGCAGACAACUUCAGAGUCACCAUCCAUGGCAAAGGCUCUCAUGCAAGUAUGCCUCACACAGCUGUGGAUCCAAUUGCCAUUUCUGCCAACGCUAUUCUCAAGUUGCAGACUCUUGUCAGUCGGGAAGUUGAUCCCGCUGAAUCGAGCGUUGUGACCGUCACGAGUAUCCACGCAGGAGACGCCGAAAAUGUCAUAGCCGAUUCCGCAGUCCUAGGCAUUGACACAAGAUCUACCACAACAGCAACACGCGAGCGUCUCUUGAAGCGCAUCAGAACAGUCAUUGAAGCAGAAUGUUCAUGCGCCAAUGUUAUAAAGAGUCCCGAAUUCGAGCAAACCCGCGCUUUUCCCCUGACGAUAAACGAUAGUAUUGUUACCCAAAGGGUUGAACAGACAUUUGCAGCACAUUUUGGCGAAGGACCAGGACAAUAUGAUAGGGACAUGCCAAAGCUGGCUUUCAGUGAAGACUUUUCGAUUUUAGCAACUGCUGUGGAUGCGCCUUAUUGUUUCUUUACGUACGGAUGUGUCGAUGAAAAUGCAUGGGAUGAAGCUGAGAGGGAGGGGACUAUUGCUCAAAGUAUUGCUGCGAACCAUUCAUCCAAGUUUGCUCCAGUGAUUCAUCCCACGCUCAAGACUGGGUUGGAUGGAUAUGCGCUUGGUGCUCUGACGUUUCUAGUGAAAUGA